CUCGAAUUAAGCCGCGCUGCGCACGCAGCGACGCAGGUGCCUGACAACUGGUACGAAACAGAAUCGCUGCUCUCAAGGCGAGCAUGCUCGCCCCAGCAAGAGUGGGGGGCCUCCGGGAGCGGCGCGAGAGCGAACGCAACAAGCUCCAGCCGCAGCGGUUCCUCAAACCGACGCCGCGGCCGGCACCGAUCCUCGAGGACGCCGCGGACACGCCGUCACUGGCCGUAGCGUUCGACAAGCUGGGCCUGCCCGACGCCGUGCGCUGCGCGGCGCGGUUCGGCUGCGACCGGCCGUACGCGUGGCAGUGGCAGGCGCUGCGGCAAGGCGUGGCCCACAAGAACUUGGUCUACAGCGCGCCGGCCUCGGGCGGCAAGACGCUGGUCGCGGAGGCGCUGCUCGCGCGCGCGCUGUGGCGCCACGACCACACGCCGCGCGUCGCGCUCUUCGUCGUGCCGAAGCGCGCGCUCGCGGACGAAAAGGCCGCCGAGCUGGCGCGCCACUUCUCGGGCGACGGGUCGUACGGCUGGCGCGUCCGCGUGUGCCACGGCGAGGCCGAGGACGCGCGGCGCGCGCGCGAAGGGUCGAAGGCGCGGAAGCCUCCCGCGCUGAUCGACGACGCGCGGUGCGACCUCGCCGCGUGCACGUGGGAAAGCGCGGCCCAGUUCCUCCAGGCGCUGCUGGAGAAGGGCGGCGUCGAGCUCGUUCGCGGACCGGCGUCCCGUGCUCGAAGAGGGGUUACCGUUCGAUACGCAGGCGCGGAAACGGCUCGCGUGCGUGUGCGUCGACGAGGUCCACGAGAUGGGGACGAACCGCGGCGCGACGCUCGAGAGCUUCCUCUGCAAGGUGGCGUGCGUCGGCGCGCCCGUGGUCGCGUGCACGGCGACGGCGUCGAACCUGGGGGCGCUGGCGGCGUGGCUGGGCGCGGGCCUCUACGAGACGGCCGAGUGCCCCACGACCGUCGCCAUCCACCUGGCCCUCGCGCCGCCGAUGCCGCGGCGAAUGAUGGCCCCAACCGAGGAGGUCGCGACGCGCGUCUGGGCCGAGGGCGGGGCGCGCGUCGACGAGCGCCGCCUGGCGGUCAUGGCGCCCGCGGACUACGACGUCGGCGACGCCGUCGUGGAUAAGCUGUGCCUCGACGACCCGCCGGGGCCGGUGAUGCUCUUCGUGGCUUCGCGGGCCGACGCGCGCGCCGCGGCGGUGCGGCUGGCCGAGCGGCGCUGGCGCGAGAGCGGCGCUCAAGAUCAAGAGAAGGCGGCGUGCCGCGCCGCGCUGGCCGAGCGGCUCCGGAGCGCGUCGCCGCCCGACGCCGCGCACGCCGCGGACCUGCGCGCGUGCUGCCGGCACGGCGUGCUUUUCCACCACGCGGGGCUCGCGGCCGCGGAGCGCGAAAUGGUCGAGGCCGCGUUCGCGCGCAAGGACUGCGACGUGCUCUGCUGCACCACGACGCUGGCCGUCGGCGUGCACCUGCCCGUGGCACGGGUCGUCGUCAAGGGCGGCGGCCAGCGGCGGACGGGCGCGGAGCUCCGCCAGAUGAUAGGACGAGCAGGCCGCGCCGGGUUUGGGACCAAGCGGGCGCCGGACGCGUGGAUCGUGUGCGCCGGCGGGAACGGCGAGCGCGGCGCGGUGGGUGCCGAGAAGCUGCUGGGCGCGGCGGCGCCGCCGAUCCUGAGCCGGCUCCGCAACGACGACGACGGACUGAGACGGCACGUCCUCGAGGCCGUCUCGGGCGGGCUGAUCGCGCGGCGCGAGGUCAUGGCGGCGUUCGACGGCGCGCUGGACGCGGGACUGCCCCUGCGGUGGCUCGCCGCGCGCGGGUUCCUGCGCCCGGGCGGUGCGAAUUGGAAAGAUCCGCCGGGAGAAGCGCCCUCUGUCUUGUUGGAUGAUACCUGGGAACCGACGCCGCUCGGCGCCGCGACGGUCGGCGCGGGGCUGGGACCGGCGGACGCCCUGGAGGUCGCCGCCGCGCUGCGCUGCCGCCACGGCGUCGACUACGGCGGCGUGGCUCCGGAGUACGCGUUGUUACAUCGGCUCUACCUCACGGCGCCGCUCCAGCAGAACGUGCUGGGGGGGUGGGCGCACUGGGCGGCGUUCGGGGACGCUCUCAAGGACGCGGGCAAGGGCGCGCGCGAAGUCUUCAAGCUAUGCGGCGGUUGCGAGGCGCACGUCGCGCGCCGCGCGCGAGGCUUAGCGGCGACGGCGGAGUCGGAGGCGAAAAACGUGCCGGGCACGCCCGACCGCGUCUGUCGACGGUUCGCGCUCGCGUUGCUGCUCCACGACCGCAUCGGUUUGGGCCCCGGGCAUCAUCAAGGUCCAGUCCAGCAAGAAGACGGAACGUGGGGAAGAAAUCAAACUUCGAGCGGCACGCCGAGCUUCGCCGCCGCGUUCGCCGCCCGCUACCGCGAACACGCCGGCCCGGACGCGUCGCUGACCAAGUGCGAGGGCGGCGACGUGGAUAAUUAUUCGCGCGACGCCGCCACGCUGGCGCGGCGCCUCGAGUACUUUUGCCGGAAGCUCGCGUGGCUUGAGGCCGCGCGCGCGUGCAAGAGCGCGCGCGGCCUGCUCGCGCGAGGCGCGCCCGACGAGCUCGUCCGGCUCAUGCGCGCGAGUCCGGGCAACAUCACCCGCGCGCGCGCCCGCGCGCUGCACGACGUGGGCUUCGAGAGCGCCGCGGACCUGGCGGAGGCGGACGCGACCGACAUAUCGGCUGCCCUGUACGACGCGGCGGCGUUCGACCCGAGCGCGGCGUUCGCCGACGCGGCCGCGGCGCGCCUGGCCGCGUGUAUUAUCGCCGACGCGACGAAGACCGCGGCGCGCGAGGCCGCGCUGCCGGUUGAUGACUCAGGCGGCGGCGACGACGACGACGACGAGUCCGCCGCCCGCGACUCCGACGAAGACUCCGCACCCGACCCCGACCUGCCAGAGGCCUCGGACAGCGACUCCAUGGACGGACUUUAGUUGUUCCUCGAACUUUGUGUGUAACUUUUGUCAAGUUA